UCGCAUAAACAACGAGAAAUAUCAGUCAUUGGCGAAGGAACGAAUUGAAAAGUAAUCUGUUGUAGAACUGCAAUUUGUUUUAAGAAAUUUCAUAGUGACUUAUUAAAGCAUUACGUGAAAUAAUGACGUAGAAACACUUAAUUAGAGAGAAAUGUGCGUAUACAGCACAGAUUUGAAGAGUAAUAUAUAUCUACCUUAAGUAGCAAGAUGGCUGCCACUCUGGAAGCAAGUUAUCAGCCACUCCAGCCAUAUGGGCCAGAGUUAGGAGAACCAGAAGAAACACCACAGGACAGUGGUGUGAUGAUCCAUGUUGUUCCUGAGAAUAGUAGAGCUCGUUGGAACCACAUAGAAGACUUGGACUCAUUCUUUGCCAGAAUGUACCAUUAUCAUCAGAAACACGGGUUUACCUGCAUGAUGCUGCAAGAGAUAUUGGAGUUACUGCAGUUCAUCUUUGUAGUUGUGUUCUCCACAUUUCUGUUCAACUGUGUGGACUAUUCUAUACUUUUUAGGGAUAAUUUUAAUAAUUCAACUACUCACCAAAAGAUCUCUCUAAGUGAUGCUGUGUUACCAAUGAAUGAAUGUAUAGCAAAUUUAGGUGCAUUAACAUGGGUCUGCAUUUUGGUAGCUGUGAUAUUUUGGAUCCUUCGUGCAAUCAAGGUUAUGUACCAUCUGUUCCAUUUUUGGGAUAUUAAGCAGUUUUUUAACACAGCGCUUAAGGUAAAUGAUAGUGAUUUAGAUAAUUUGACGUGGCAUGAAAUCCAGCGCAAAGUGCGAGAAGUGCAGCUAGAACAGCAGAUGUGUAUUCAUAAACGUGAUCUCACCGAGCUGGACAUCUAUCAUAGGAUUCUCAGGUUUAAGAACUACAUGGUAGCCAUGGUUAACAAGUCCUUGCUUCCUGUUAGACUGCAUCUACCUUUUCUUGGAGAAGUUGUAUUCCUCACUAGAGGCCUGAAAUACAACAUCGAGUUGCUGCUUUUCUGGGGACCAUGGGCGCCAUUUGAAAAUAACUGGCAUCUGAAAGAAGACUAUAAAAAAGGCGGCAGACGAAAAGAUUUAGCCCAACAUUUAUCAAAGCAUAUAUUGUGGGUUGGAAUUGCAAAUUUUUUAUUGUGUCCACUCAUUUUGCUGUGGCAAAUCCUGUAUUCUUUCUUCAGUUAUGCAGAGGUUAUAAAAAGGGAACCAGGUAGCUUGGGUUCACGCUGCUGGUCCCUUUAUGGCAGACUGUAUCUUCGUCAUUUCAACGAAUUGGAUCAUGAACUGAAUGCACGUCUGAAUCGUGCGUAUAGGCCAGCAUCCAAGUAUAUGAAUAUUUUCACAUCUCCUCUUAUGACCAUUAUAGCACAAAAUGUGGCAUUUGUGGCUGGUGCAUGUCUUGCUGUAUUACUGAUCCUGUCUGUAUAUGAUGAAGAUGUUAUAACAGUUGAACAUGUAUUGACAGCCAUUACAGUACUGGGAGCAAUUGUGGCUGGAAGCAGGGUGUUUAUACCAGACGAGAAUUUGGUGUGGUGUCCAGAGAAGCUUCUGACUGCUGUGUUGGCACAUGUCCACUAUCUGCCUGACAGCUGGAGAGGACAGGCCCAUACAAACAGAGUGCGUGAAGAGUUCUCUCAGCUGUUCCACUACAAAGCAGUUUAUCUGCUGGAAGAACUGUUGUCCCCAGUUAUUACUCCAUUCAUCCUCUGUUUCCACUUACGCUCAAAAUCUCUGGACAUCGUUGAUUUCUACCGCAACUUCACAGUAGAAGUGGUGGGAGUGGGGGAUGUCUGCUCAUUUGCGCAGAUGGAUGUCCGCCGCCAUGGCAACCCGGCAUGGCAGACUAAUUUAGCGUCUCCUCCUGGUCCAGCUGAACUGAUGCAACAUGGGAUGCACACAGUUGUUGACCAAGAUGCGCAGGCAGAGGAUGGAAAAACAGAACUCUCAUUGGUCCAUUUUACAUUGACCAAUCCUGAGUGGCAGCCACCUGCAGAUGCAGAAAAUUUUGUUGCAGCCCUUCGAUCACAAGCAAGAAGAGAUGCAAAUCAGCUGUUAGGCACUACAGGUGUUGGUGCUGUUAAUCCACUUUACUCAUCACUGCAUUCAGUGUCAUCCCUUGGGGCAGGGUUCAGCAGUCUUGUGGCAAGUGUAUUCCGAGGUAACACAGCUGCUUUGGCAGCUGGAGGACUGAUGGAUUCAUCCGUGGGAAUGAUGCCUCUGUUUUCUACUGGUACUGUACUGAGCAACAUGGGUUCUGGGGCAGCAGGAGAUAGACUUCAUGGUCUUGCUGAACCCAUGGUAUUUUCCCCUACUGUACGUGGUGGAUUGAGUCGUGCUGAAGGACCAAUUCACUCUUCAGACCGGGGAUUGUUGUACAGUUUGCAGCAAGGAUUGCCCACAAACUCUGUAGGAAAUUCUAUGUUUGGGACGGGGCCAGACAUGGUUCCAGAGACAGAUCCUCUGGAGUUCACUGCUGCAGAUAUGAGCCUCAGCACUUUAUAUCUGCAUGAACUGCACCACCGUCAGGUACACCGCAGAGGCUACCAGGACCCUGGUUUGAGCCGGUCUGUGUGGCAGAGGCCUCACCAAGAUAUGCCUGGUAUCAGGGAACUUGGUGAUGAAUCAGGGGAUAUGACUCGACAUGCAGAGAGAACUCCUUUAUUAGAUGCAGCCACUAAAUCUGCAAGGACUUCAUAGCAGGUUGUGAGAUAGUUUCAAAUCAAAAUGUUAGUUUAAUGACAGUGUUUUAAACAUGACAAAGGAAAGUGCCAGACAGUUAAUCAUAAAGAACAAGAUAUUAUGUGAAGUCAGGUAGAAUCCCAAUGAAGCACUUGGUGAUAAUGGGACAUAAUGAUCAGCAUUGCUUCAAGGGGAUCCCAUGUCAGCACACUUGAAGAUUCAAAGCUGCAACAACGAGAUUGCCAAUUAAGAAAGAUGUCUUUAUAGGAAUUACCAUAUUUUCAUGCAAAAUUUUUAUAUUUUCAAUAUUUAUUUUACUAUCAAAAAGUUAGAGAAAGUCCCUGUGUUUUGUUAAGCACCAUACCAUAAUUUUAAGUAGCACAGUUUGAAACUAUUUUACAUUUGUCCCAUAUAAUAUAAGAAAUGCAAAUCAUCAUACUAUUUGCAAUUGUUAAUAUAUAAAAAUUUUAAUGAAAUUUUAUGUGUGUUUAUUAUUUGUCUUCAUUCAAAAUUUUAUAUAAUUGGCUCCAGUGGUUCAUUCAUUAUAACCAUCACAUCAAAAGCUAGAUAUAGGUUUUGCAUGGUUGCCAGGUUUUGGAACAAAUGUUGCAUACUUCUCAGAGAUCUUUAACUAACUAACGAACUUUGUAAUGUGUAACUUUGGCUUUUGCAUGUGAGCCAUAUCUGAUGUUGAGUAUUAACCAAAAUUUUGGAAAACAUUACAUUUUCCGUCUUCAUGAUGAAUAUAUGUUGGGAUGAGUUUUGAAAGCCUUGAUGUAGGGUAGGCCAUAAGUAGCAAGUGAGAUUUUAUGGUGAUGAUUGGUGGAGUGGAGGAGUGGGCCAUUGCCUAUUGCCUAAUGGGAGAGUAGCAUAUGGGAAAAUGUUUUAUGGAUACAUGGUGAGAAAAGGAGGUGAUGGAAGAGGUUCUGUGACUGUGUUAGGUGGGAACUGAUUUCCAGUGAUUAUGUAGAAAGGACUGGAGGUGAAUCUUAGAACAUGACGUUUGGAGGAAUGUCCUUAUCUGUUAUAGAAGUCAGAAUUGUAUUACUGCACCCACAAGAGCCAGCCAUAGUACCCUACUCUGAGCCAGGUGAAUCCGGGUCACAUUCAGAAACCCUUCUUCAUUAGAAUACUUUUUUAAUGUCCUCCCAACAACGCCCAGUUCAUCCAAGUCAUCUCAUUCUUUCAGGUAUUCAUAUUGCAAUUUUGUAUGAGUUUCUUAUCUGUCUCGUACAUGCUAUAUGCCCUGCUCAUCUCUACUGCCUCUUUUUCAGCCUAAAAUAUUUUGUGAAGAGUACAUAUGACGAAGUUCUCAUUAAACAACUUUUUCCAGCCCACUGUCAUUGUUUUGGGUUCACAUAUUGUCCUUGGCAGCAUGUUGUUGGGCAUUCUCUGUUUGUUUUACUCUGGUAGAAGCAAAGACUUGAUUCCCCAUAAAGAGUAGAUAAUCUAAAUAUUAAAUUUAUAAAAAGCCUUUUUGUUGGGUGUUGGCUAUGGUGUUAAAAUAUAGUUCCUGUGAAAUAGUCUGUACUGCUUUACUGUUAUAUUUUUUCUUAAGUACAGUCAAGUUCCUAAAUGGAAUUCUCUUGAUUUUAGUAGAUGAAGGUCUUUUAAACUAAUACUGCUUCAUGUUGGUGCUAUAACUCAGAUGUUCUUGAAGUAUAUUGUAUAAUAAUGUUGUUAAGUUGUGUAAAACAGAAUAGAAAUAUAUUUUGGGUUAGUGCUUCCUAGCCUGAAUGUACAUGCUGGUUCUAACAGCAGUGUGUUAUGGGAAAUAAUUUUUUUCUUUUAAUUUUCGGUGUGAAAUUAAUUUAAAAAAUCCUUUCAGAAUUAUGAUAUACUGGUGCCUUGCAUGUAACUUAAAAGACUUUUACAUUACUACCAUUUAGGAACUAUGGAAGUUAUUAGCCAGGAUUUCUAAGUCUCUAAAGUGACUAGUUUCUUACUGAUUUGUAGAAAGGAAGAAACUUUUCAACUUAUUGAUGUUGUCACACCCCUAACAGUUGAGGGAGGUACAUAUUUAAGAGCAGUGCAGUAACAGGAUUGUCUUACCAACCUUAUGCCAGGAAAUGUGGUAAUUCCAAACUUUGUACACAUACAUGGUGGAAAUUUUUCUAUUAAUAUUACAACUUGUUUGAUUUGUAAGCCUUCAGACAAUUUAUGCCACUCUUUAUGGCCACAGUAACACUUGUUUAUGAAUUGACUUUCUCGUUCCAGUAAUGCUGUUAAUUUGACAAAGAAUAGGAAUCUCCACAUGCUGAUUUUGUCAUUACAAACUGACUGUGAAUCUUAUGUAUACAUUUGUAUACUUUGUUACUGUCACUGAGAUACUUGGUAUCUGUAAGAUUUCUUUCAUGUGGACAACACUUCUUAUAAAUGCUAAAUCUAUUUAUCACAGAGUGUAUCACAACCUUAUGAAGAGUUGGUGUGAGUUAAAUUUUUAAUAAAGGGAAAGGACAGAAAUAAUAAGAAAAUGCUGUCUUUCACAUUUUACAAUAGUAGAAAAUAUCAAAUGCAUCAUAUCAAAUGUGUGUUCUCAUUUCCUAUACAAGAGAACAACUUUUUUAUAUUCUUUGUGAUACUUAUAAUAUAAAUUAUAAGAAGACAAGGAUUGUAAGAAUUUACACUAAAGGGAUCUUGUAUUUAAUUACAUUAUUCUAAUUUGUGUUAUAUCACACUUAACACAAUUUUGUUAUUUUUCACCUAUUUGUUGACAUCAAUUAGAAAUAUUAAGUAGAAACAGGUUGCCGGGGUACAGACUGUCCUUGUGAUACCUUCAGUUUGAUGGUAGUUUAAAAAAUUUCAAACCUUAUACAUCUUACCUUUAAACAGCAUGAUUAUUCUAUUUUAAUUUAAAUUUAAGAUAUAAUUAUAAUAAUAUAAUGCAGUACUGGGUUUUUGUAUCAGUAUAUUAGCAGUGCUUGAAAAGAUGCAGAUGCAUAGAAAUUGAUUUAGUCCUAAUGUUAAAUUACUAAUCUUUUUGUAUGAUCUGGUUUGUUUUACUUUUCCACUUCACACCUUGACUACACAAAUGAGGUUGUGAUAAACGUGUGGCCUUUGCAUAAAUUGGCAGUUUCUAACGACUUACUAGUAUAUGUCAUUAAUAAUAUUUUAAAUAGUCAUCACUUUGCAAAUUUUCCCUUUGUUUUACAAAUUGUAAAGCUGCUUUGUGGUCAUUCUAUAUGAAGAACACUUAUGUAAUGAAGACAGAAAAUUUGGUCCCCUGAAUUUUUCUGUGUGGAGGUUUCGCUGUGUGUUGGUAUGACUUUGUUUGAAGGAGUUCCGUUUGGAUGCCAUAUGUGUAAGUGGUCAUUGGUUUGAUAUGCUGUGUAGUUCUAGUCAUUCAUAUUAAACUAACCUCAGAGUUUGUGGAUUGAAAUGCCUAAUGGCAUUUAGUGAUGUUAGAACUGACAUUUGUGUACAAUACAUUUUUUAAGUUAACUGAAUUCUUAUGCUUGGAAUUUUCUAGCAGAGCAAACAUUAAACUGAAAGAAAAUACAUUAAGCAACAUUGUUUAUGCAUAUAAAUUUGCCGCUUGAUGGGAUUUGGGUUUGUCAUGGCGAUGAGUACAACAAUGUCUGUCUUCUGGGUUGUAGCAUCAUGUAGUUACCAACAUUUCAGAGGUCAUUUCUGACUCCAUUAUCAGGGUACCUGGAGGCAGCAAGGACUUCUGAAAUGUUGGUAAACUACCAGACUACAUGACACUACAACCCAGCAGACAACCAUCUGUGUUACUUGAUGUUUGUGUGACUUCAGAAUGCUAUAUUUCUGUCAUUAUGUCAAGGAAUUUACAUACAUCUACCUGACUACAAGAUUACUCUCCUUUACACGGAAGAUUUUUAAUUAAACAUAGUUUUAUUACUUGUCCAGUUACAAUUCAUAUGCACAAUUGUGUGGCACCAACAUAACUGUUUUCCCAUGUCUACAAAUAGUUUUAUGUUAGGUCUAACAGAAUGCUUUUCUGGUAAAACUUGCAGUUGUUAUUAGCCUCUUCAGCACACCUGAUGACCAUUAAUUUAAAACUAACAUCACAUACAUGAUUUCUGAAACUUAAACUUUAUAUAUUGUAAACCCUUUAAUCCUUUGAAGCACAAAUCUCUUACAUAUCAUUUUUAAAAAUUCAUUUUUAUCCUCAUGGAAGACAUAAAGCUUCUCUGUUACAAACAUCAAUUGGUUAAUACUCUUUAAGGAAAUAAUCACUGUUUAUUCUGAGAAAUUAUAAAUACACCCUGUAGCCAAAAUGGGAAGUUUUAAUGUUAAAGCAUUUUGUACUUGUAGUUACCAUUGUGCUUUGAAGGGUUAAAAAUGUAACUUGAAAUUAAUAUCCUCAGUUAUUUAUAAAUGUUCAGUAGUAGUACAUGCUUCAUAUAUAUAUGUUGUACCUGAAACCAGUUCUUAGCAAUCACCAAAAGGUGCACUGGACAUCCUGAGAAUACACCUUCUGGCAACUGUGACAUACCUAGAAACUCUGAUGUUCAUAGAAUAUUAAUACAAGAAUAUUUUUGAAUAAUACCUGUGCUUCCAACAUAAUUUUCUUUUGUUGAGUAGUAUCAGACAUUGAAUACAGGGAUUCAAAUUGGAUGUCAUGUCAUUCCAGAAUGUUUUCUGAGGUCAGGGCUGUAGCGACAAAAAUAUAGAAUGAGAUAAAUUUCCAAUAAGUAUGGCAGUAAUAGUAAUAAAAGCCUAAUAGUUACAGCUUUUAAUCACAUUAGUGCAACUUUUGAGAUACACCACAGUUUCCAGAGGCCUGUCUCUCUUCCCACAAUAUUGAAUCAUGUUGUGGUUUUUUACACAUUUAUUCAUAUACAAGUAUUAUUGCCUAUUUAAAAUUAAAAUGGAAGUAAAAAAAUAUUGUCUAAAAGUUGAUUAAAUACAGUAUGUAUGUUAUAUAGUGCUGAUGUGGGCUAGGGAUGGGAUUUCAUUUAGCUUUUUCACUUUGUACAAUUGCAAGAGUACAAACUAUUUUUGUGAAGAUAUGUUUAGUUAAUUUAAUUGUUUCAUAUGUUUUUCAUAAGGACAGAAUCAAAAUGAAAUCAACACUACAAGUCCAUUCAAAAAAUGUACAUAAACACAAGACAAAAUGUGCCACAAAUCAAAAAGCACAAUACAUUUUCAACAAGCCUCUAUUUACAUCCAUUAUGUUGUUAUUAAACAUGGAACCUAAUACUAUAGGUAUAACUUCUAAUUACACAGUUUGUGUAUAACUGAAUUAAGAAGGUUAUCAUUUACAUUAAAGAUUCUCUUUUUUU